AUGAACGAUGAUGAGAAGAACAACAACAACAACACUCUUCCGAAUCACAGCAACAAGGAAAUUAGGUCAUCAUCAACAAACAACAAUAGUUCUGCUACCACGACGAAGACAACAACAACAUGGUUGAGGCAGAAAGAUCCGCGGGUAGUGAGGGUGUGCAAGGCGCUGGGAGGGAAAGACAGGCACAGCAAAGUCUGCACCAUUCGAGGUCUCAGAGACCGAAGGGUUCGGCUCUCCGUCCCCACCGCCAUCCAAUUGUACGACCUCCAAGACAGGCUGGGCCUCACCCAGCCCAGCAAGGCCGUCGACUGGCUCCUCAACGCCACGAAAUCCGAGAUCGACGAGCUCCCUCCUCUCCCCAUCUCCCCCUCCCAAUUCUGCCUCAACCCCAACAGCACGAUGAUCAAUUGGGCCGAGAUUUCGCAACAACAACAACAACAACAGCUGUGGUGGAGUAGCAUUGCAGGUGCUGGCACCUGCAGUACUGCUACUCCACCAACCAACAACAUCGUCCCGACGGCUGAAAAUUUCAGCCGUCGGGACGAUGGUAUGGAAGAGGAGGAAGAAAACGACGAAGGUGAUCGAGACAUUAUUAAUGAAGUUCAUGAUCAACAAGGAUCUUAUGGCAGUCUCCAGAAUCAGGCUCAGAAUCCGAACAACGUGACAACUAUGUUCAAUUUGGGAAGUGGGCAUCCAGGGUUUGGAGGAUUAUCCCAAACAAAAGAUGAUCAUCCUCAUCAUCACCACUAUCACCAACAACUACUUCAUCAUCUUCAUCAUCACCAGCACCAAAAGGAGAACAUGGAGAUGUCGGCGGCGCCGUUGUCCUUAUCCAACAACACUUACUACCCUCAACAUCAUUUAGCAGCUGCUGCGGCGGCGGGGGAGAACCACGGGAGUAGUAACCAGAUGCUGAUGAGCACUAGCAGUAGUGCCGCCGCGGCGGCGGCGGCGUACUUCAAUAUAGAUCAUCAUCACAACCGUUGUUCACCGGUGGUCAUGCCGUUUCAUCAGCUCACCGAGCUUAGUAUGAUGAGCUCCAGAUUCUCCCACUCUCAUCAUCGGCAACCGUCUUCGUCGGACAAUGACCGGCGUGGCGGUGGCCAGGAGUUCCAGCCCUCGCCCAAAUGA